UGGAGGUGAGACUCUGUUCCUGUUUGCUCUCCUCCCCGCAGACAACAUGGCGAACUGAUCACUCGACACCUGCGCUUUGCAAAGCUGUAGCUGUAGUUCGACUUGUACCUCAGCCUAAUGUCUGGUUCCUGAUUUGGGACUCAAACCGAUUAGAUUCGAUUUCCGGUGCGGGCUUUGAGGUUGGACCAGCGGACCGAUGAAACCUUUAGCGGAACAAUGUAACGAGCAUCAAAAGAAAAGCGGUGAGAAUAACCCCGGGGAGAUGAUGGCGAGCGGAGCGGGAGCUGCUGGGAACACCGGAGAGGGUCACACUCAGAUGAAUGGGUUCUCUGUGCCUGACGGUGUGAGCAGUCCUGUUUCACAGUCUCAGCCUGCUUGUACCCCGUCCUCGCCCAUCCAUCAACCACCGGUCAACCUUCCCAGAGGGCAGUGGGGCGGCAAGUAUGAGUUUCUGCUCUCCUGCAUGGGCUACUGCGUUGGCCUGGGAAACGUUUGGAGAUUCCCUUACCUGUGCUACCGCAAUGGUGGAGGUGUGUUUCUCAUUCCUUACUUCAUCAUGCUUUUCUUCACGGGCAUGCCCCUCUUCCUCAUGGAGCUGAGCCUGGGGCAGUACGGAGCCGCUGGCCCAAUCACCGUCUGGAAGUGCUGCCCGCUUCUCAAAGGAAUUGGUAUCGGGAUGCUGUGUGUGUCCACGCUUGUUUGUCUCUACUACAAUGUCAUCAUCGCCUGGACGUUUUAUUAUCUGGGAAGUUCUUUCCAGAGCCCAUUGCCAUGGUCCUGCGAUGCUAUUGCUAAUGCUGCAAUCUGCACGAACAACACCAAUGUCACACCUGCCCUUAGUGCACCUGAGGUCUUCUGGAAUGAACGUGUCCUGGGUGUGGUCAACAGUCGGGGCCUGGAUGAUCCUGGGCCAGUCAGGUGGCAACUUGCUCUGUGUUUGCUGGCUGCCUGGGUCAUCAUUUUCCUCUGCAUACUGAAGGGCAUUCACAGCUCUGGCAAGGUGGUGUAUGUGACAGCCACGUUCCCCUACGUUGUACUGAUCGUUCUGAUCAUCAGAGGAGCCACUUUAGAGGGCUCACUCCAAGGUGUAGCCUUUUAUCUCACCCCAGUCUGGGAGCGACUAGCUAAUGCCCAGGUAUGGAAUGAUGCAGCCUCACAGAUCUUCUACUCACUGGGCAUUGGCGUAGGAGGCCUACUUUCUAUGGCUUCCUACAAUAAAUUUGACAAUAAUGUUAUCAGGGACACCCUUGUAAUCACCAUAGGCAACUGUGCCACCAGCUUCUUUGCAGGCUUUGCUAUCUUUUCCAUCCUAGGUCACAUGGCCUGGAGGAAGGGUGUUCCUGUGGAGAUGGUUGCAGAUUCAGGUCCAGGCUUGGCGUUUGUCGCUUACCCAGAAGCCCUGGCUCUUCUGCCUGGUUCAGUUUUCUGGGCCAUUCUGUUUUUCUUAAUGCUCUUUAUGCUAGGAGUGGACACACUGUUUGGUAAUAUGGAGGGCAUUACCACAGCAGUACUGGAUGAGUUCCCUCAGCUCAGAGGCAACAUGAAGCAGAAGUCCAUUUUCUUGGCCCUGCUCUGCUUCGGCUUCUACUUGAUGGGCCUGUUACUGAUCACUAAUGGAGGGAUUUACUGGUUCACCCUGAUAGACUCAUUCAGCACCAGUUUCGGUCUCAUCAUCAUCACUCUGUUUAUGUGUCUGGGCAUGGCAUUCUUCUACGGUGUGGACCAGUUUUGCCAGGACAUAGAGGACAUGAUCCGUCCCUGCCCGUCCUGGUGCAAUAAACUGCUGCUCUACUUUAAAGCAUGCUGGGUAUUCUGCACACCCUUCCUGUUACUGUUCAUCCUAACCUACAUUUUCAUCGAGAUGUACAGAACGUCCUUGCGAUACGGUUCUUAUCAGUACCCCACGUGGGGCAAAGGCCUCGGGGUGUGUAUGGGACUUGUCUGCUGCCUGCAGAUCCCCAUCUGGGGCAUCGUGGCUGUCUGGAAGGAGUCUGGCACCAUGAAGGAACGCUUCCAGAAAGCCAUCCGACCGCUGAACUCCUGGCGAGACAACAACCAAAGCAAUGGCAUUCAGCAGCAGAGUGCAGGGCCUGAGAGAGUGGACGGGCCCUACACCGUCAACCUGACUGAUCUGGAUUUCACUGCGAUGGCCUGGGAUGCGAGUGACGCGUAAAAUGAUAGCAGUGUGAGGAGGCGGAACUUAACAGGGAUGAAUGUCGAGACUUUUCAUGGACACGGCAGUUAUCUUGGAAUGUGUGGGGACCAAAGCUAUGCACUCAAUAUAAACUGCAAUAUAUGUUGUUUACUGCAUCGACAGUGCCUAUUUUCUUACAGAAACUGGAUAAAACUGUAAAAAAAAAAAAAACUUGUUUUUAGAGACAGUUUUCUGGAAUGGCAUGAGAAAUGGACAUGGUUUGAGCUUUUGACCACGGUCAAUAUCCAGAAAGCAGUAAGGUUUUCCCCAAUGGGGAUUAAAGAAAAAAACAAAUAAUAAUAGAUUUCAUUUCCUCCAAUGUCAGGUAGUUUUUUUUUUAAAUAAUCUUUUUAUUUAAAUAUUUUAUAGAUUAAUAGGAGUAAUAUAUUAUUAGGGUGGGCGUUCAAACGGUCUCAGUCUGCUACAGAGAAUCAAGUUUGAAUCCCACCACUAGGCUUGAAGUCCAAAGGUGCAUAAUUGAGCAUGCUGUAUGUGCGAGUUAUCAGAUCACACUAACAAGUUGCAUUCGGCUAUGUUCACAUUACAAGCAUCGACUAGAUUUGCAUGCCACAAUGGUUCACGUUGAUUAUUACAAGUGACUUUUAUUUGACUAUAAUGUGGAUAUGUUUGUCUUUUGAAAUCCCACACAUUAAUAUAUCUCUGUUCAUGUAAUCUGGUAUAAACACAUAAUAUUUGUGCGACCACUCAUUCAUUUUAAACAAUAGAUGUGAUAUUAGCAAAAAACUUCUGGGUAUUUUUCUCUGAGGAUAUAUCAUGGGAUAUAUCCGAUCUAGGAAUAUAUACAAAAGUGACUUAGAUCUGAUCUGAAAAACAUCACAUUUGUGCAUUCAGACUGCCAUAAAAAACAUAUUGGGGUAAAAAAAUUAGAAUUGUGUCACAUCAGGAUGGUAAUGUUACUGUAACACAGCUUACUGUGCUCACAGCUUACUGUAUGAUUUCAAUUCAUCACUUUUGUUUUUGACGCAUGUUAUGUGCUAUACUUCUAACUGUAAUAACGUCCCACAUUCACCAGAGGCACUAACAAUCUGUUGCUUCAUUUAACCGUGAGCUUCAAUUAAUCCACGUUCACAGUGUGUGUUCAGCCGCCCUGCGAUGACGUGACUGAAGAAAUGAAAACAGUCGUCAUUCAGUAGUCAUACAGUAGUUGUAGAAGCUGAUAUUUUGGUGGGAGCUGGGAAAAUUAAUCAUUAAUUCAUGAUGAUGGAACUAAAUAUUGCUUAAAGGCAAGAUUUGCAACAGGUGUCCAGUAUAACAGCAGUAUUCAUCACUGAAAGAGCAUUACAGUUUUAUCAAGCUUUAACAAAGUUCUUUAAUUGGC